UGCCCACCGUCUUGCAAUGUGUUCAAGAACGGAUCUUUUCGCGUCACUGCUUGUGAUUGCCUCUGCUGUCGUGUUGAUAAACCCGGAAGUGCUUCACCGGCCGGAACGAUCCGUGCUAAAUUUCCCUUCCGGAACCUCCAAUGGGUUCCUGAUAGCCAUUGCCAUCCCGCUGGAAGUGCCCGGCCGGAACAUCUAUCUGUCGCACAACUUCGAGAUGAACUACGGACUGCCGACGGCCGCCUACCAGUACCGGCUGUGGUACACCCUGUUCAAGAACUCCGGCUACAACGUGACCCAGGCCGUCAACCGGAAGCGGCGCAUGGUGGAAAACGUGCGCUUCAGCCGGCGCUUCCUGUACGAAAUGUUGGCGGACCGGAUGGACAUGUAUGGCUACAACGGGACGGCCUGCAUUCACAGGGCGAUUUGUGAAACGCUGGAAAGUUCGCUUCAUCCGUACAACGGCGUGGUUGGUGACGUCACCCAUAUUGUGUUUAGUCCAUCUGCGUCAGAAGACGAGGAUAUUCCUAUUUCGUACUACCAGGCGGAAGCUGACGGAUGUGUUGCGGACUGUGAGGGAUAUCGGAAACAUUGUCCGGUUGGGAUAUUUGACUUGAUAUCGACUGUUAUUAACGCUUGA